UCUCGGCAUUUUGUUUAAGAAGAUUGGCAUUGCCUCAUCGCUCAGGUAUUAUGGGCGUUACUCUCAAAGCGUUGUCGUGAAAUUUACCACAGUCCUCAAAGGCAACAUCAGCUCAUAAAGCGAGCAUCAAUGUAGUACACCCGCGAAGAGGAAGAGGCGGAGGGAGAGGUGGUUUUCCAGACCCUACUGUAGCGGUUACCGGGUGCUUGUGCGACGUCGAAAGUUAGCCGUCGGUUCCUGCUUCUCAGAGAUUUCUGGAAUUUUGACAUCCGUUAGGAGUAACAGGUUCACUGUGCACAGUAAUCAUGGCAGAAGCCCACCAAGCCGUCGCUUUUCAAUUCACCGUUACCCCAGAUGGCAUUGAUCUGCAGCUGUCCCAUCAGGCCCUCACUGAGAUCUACCUCUCUGGCAUGCGUUCAUGGAAGAAGCGUAUCGUCAGAAUUAAGAACAGUGUGAUAACAGGAGUGUAUCCUGCUAGUCCGUCAUCCUGGCUGUUUGUGGUCAUCGCAAUCCUGGCUACUAUGUACACUCGCUCAGACCCUUCAAUGGGACUCAUAGCCAAGAUACAGGAGCACCUGCCAGUCAGCCAGUCGAUGAGUACGCAGUGCCAGGCAGUGGUGUCAGCAGUGCUCUUCAGCACCAUGCUUUGGCUAAUGCUCAUCUUCACUAUGCGCCUGUGCCUCAAGCAGCUCCUCUCCUACCACCGCUGGAUGUUCGAGCAGCAUGGCAAGAUGUCCACCACCACCAAAAUCUGGGUGGCGCUGGUGCGCAUCUUUUCUGGCAGAAAGCCACUGCUCUACAGCUAUCAGGGUUCGCUGCCAAAUCUCCCUGUGCCCACCAUCAAGGACACAGUCAAGAGGUACUUGGAAUCAGUGCGUCCGCUGAUGGAUGAUAAAGAGUAUGAACGCAUGACCAAGCUGGCCGCAGAGUUUGAGAGCAGCCUUGGUAACCGCCUGCAGUGGUACCUCAAACUCAAAGCUCUCUGGGCUUCAAACUAUGUCAGUGACUGGUGGGAGGAAUAUGUCUACCUCCGGGGUCGAAGCCCUAUCAUGGUCAACAGUAACUACUAUGGCAUGGACUUCUUGUAUGUGACUCCAACUCCCAUCCAGGCAGCCAGGGCCGGCAACAGCAUCCAUUCGUUCUUCCUUUACCGCCGCAAACUCAACAAAGAAGAGCUCAAACCUAGUCGUAUACCAGGCACUGUCAUUCCUCUGUGUGCUGCUCAGUGUGAGAGGAUAUUCAACACCACACGCAUUCCUGGAGAGGAGACGGAUACCGUCCAGCAUUGGCAGGACAGCGACUACAUUGUGGUUUACCACAGAGGGCGCUACUUUCGUCUCAGGGUGUACCAGGCAGGCAGACUUCUGUCUCCGAGGGAGAUUGAAUUCCAGAUUCAGAGGAUCCUAGAUGACCCUUCACCUCCUUCCAAAGGGGAGGCCAAACUUGGGGCCUUGACUGCUGGAGACAGAGUUCCCUGGGCUAAGGCCAGGACCAAGUAUUUCAGCAGCGGGAUCAAUAAACGCUCUUUGGAUUGCAUCGAGAAGGCCGCGUUCUUUGUGACACUAGAUGACGAAGAGCAGGGCAUGAUGGGAGAUGACCCAGCAGCCAGUUUAGACCGCUACGCCAAAUCUCUGUUGCACGGGAAAUGUUAUGACAGGUGGUUUGACAAGUCCUUCACAGUUGUUUACUACAAGAACGGGAAAAAUGGCAUCAAUGCAGAGCACUCCUGGGCUGAUGCGCCGGUGCUGGCACACGUGUGGGAGUACACUCUGGCCACUGACAGCUUCCAGCUCGGUUACAACGCAGAAGGUCACUGUAAAGGAGACGUGGAUCCAUCCCUGCCCCGACCAGUGAAGCUCAGCUGGGAAAUCCUUCCAGAAUGUGAAGAGCAGAUCGCUCAGUCUCUGGCUGUGGCCCAGGCGCUGGCUGAUGAUGUGGACUUCCAUGUUUUCUCCUUCCAAGAAUUUGGCAAAGGAAAAGUCAAGAAGUGUCGAGUCAGUCCAGACGGCUUUAUUCAGAUGGCUCUUCAAUUGGCCUACUUCAGGGAACGGGGGACUUUCUGUUUGACAUAUGAAGCCUCCAUGACCCGUCUGUUCAGGGAGGGCAGGACUGAGACUGUUCGCUCCUGCACCAACGAGUCUAGCGCCUUCAUCCGAGCGCUGGAGGGCGGAGAGGCAGCAGACGUGUGCAAACAUUUGUUCCGAGUUGCCACAGAAAAGCACCAGCUACUUUACCGCUUGGCUAUGACUGGAGCCGGCAUUGACAGACAUCUGUUCUGCCUCUACGUGGUGUCCAAAUACCUCGGAGUGGAGUCUCCUUUCCUCAAAGAGGUUCUGUCUGAGCCAUGGAGGCUGUCCACAAGUCAGACUCCCAUCCAGCAGGUGGAGCUGUUUGACAUAGAUAACCACCCGGAGUAUGUCUCCUGUGGAGGAGGCUUUGGACCGGUGGCCGAUGAUGGAUAUGGGGUGUCCUACUGCGUUUUGGGAGAGAACAUGAUUAACUUCCACAUCUCGUGCAAACACUCAUGUCCAGACACUGACGCUCAUAAGUUUGGUGAUCAGAUCAGACAAGCCCUCCGUGAUCUGCUAAAGCUGCUGAGCCCAAGCCAAACAGAGGCCAGCAAAACGGAAGAGAGCCAACCUAAGGUCAAGAAAGAUCAGUAGAUAUUCAAAUCAGAAGACGUGAUGCUGAAGGGAACAUGUGCAGGCAUUACAAUAUGAAGUGAA